AUGCUGGGAAAGCAAUUGUUCUUUUGCUCAUUCUUGCUGUCGAUGGCUUUUGGGUACUUUUUGCCACAGCAGCUGAGUUGGAUUGAAAGAGUCUAUCCGAAGCAGUACCCAUCCAAUCCUUCUCGUCUCAUCAAGCAUCUCCGAGUUGGGAAACGAUACGAUCGGAAUUGUUUCUUCUCGCCGGUUCAAUGCAAUUUGAGAAAUUUUGCCUCACAUAGGAUGCGAGCUGGAUUCAAA